AUGCGCAGAGGAAAACUCGUCGCAGAACUGUGUUUUGGUGGUGGUAAUAAAUCUUUCGUCGUUUCCGUCGUCGUCUCUCGAUUCUUUCUUCUCGAGAGGAGGAGUUCUCUGAAAAAAACGAGAGACAGUUACGUUCAUUUGAGACGGCCGCACCCGGCUUUGAAAAACGCGUUCAGAACGCUGACCAGUGCUGCUGCUGCUGCUACAACUGAUACCACAACUGCUACCGUUUGCGGUUUCGAUUGUUCUCGUUCAUUGGGGGAUAUAGGGAGACGUGAAACGAGAAGGAAAACGCACAGCGCCUCGAUGGCUUGGACGAAGGAUAUGAACGAGAACGAAGAAAAAAUAGAGGUGCCAGAAGGUUUAAAGCUGAACGCUGUUCGGAUGGUCAAAACGGCGUACGAAACGUGCGCGAAAGCGAACAACUACGAAACUAAAGAAAAAGGACAAGAGGAGAUGCCAAACGUUAUAUCCGAAGCAACCGCACAGCAAUUCGUUCGAGAACGAAUCGAAAGCGACGGCGAGAGCGACAACCGAAGACGAAGAGAGUAUUUGAAAGCAAUAGCCGAGGACGUGAAACUCGCGUCAAAACUCAUAGCUUUAGACUUUGUCGUGUGCAAAAGAGCACUGGUGGAAGGAGCAAUGACGCUCAGUGAAGUAGCCGAAAUGGCGAAGAAGGCGAACGAAGAUCAUUUUUGGCGGAAAACAGUCAUAAGAAGUGUUCACGAGAAAUUGAGAGAUGGGGCAGAAGCGAACGAGGAAGAUUUACAACAAUACAGCAAGGCGGCAGCGGCAACCGGGAAGAGUAAGUGGGUGAAAAAUGCGCUCACGUGGUCUUUCGAAUUCUUUGAACAUUAUUUCGGAAAGAUGGAAAGCAAUGUCGAACACGAUGGUGACGAGGAUGGGAGGCAAUACGCAAAGAGUCGAAGAAAAUUGAUAACAAGUCUCGGUGAAGAUGUAGGAAAAUUAGCGCCAACUCGAAUAGCUUUUCGUCGGGGUAAACGCAAAAGAGACGGAAGUAGCGAGGGAAAUAACGAAGAAACAGCUCGCGUCGUGGAGGCGCGCAACGCAUCGAUAGAUCGCAAUAGGCGGUACGGUAGAGUAAAUAGAAGUAAAAGUAGUAAUAGCAGCGGUGACGGAAACGAUGAUAAAAACGGAGAGACGUUUCGGCUUUUAGAUGUGGGUUCGUGUUGGGACUUUUAUCGCGAGUACGAGCGCAAAAGUACGCACUUUGGCAGCUGCAAAGUCGUCGCGUUCGAUUUGGCACCGGAAGAUGGAGCAGAGAAUGUCUUAGAGGGUGAUUUUCUGAACGCACAGUUUUUUGACCGCAUCGAGGACGAGAACGGGGCUGAGACGCUGCUCAAAACAUCUUCCUCCUCCUCUUCGAAACGACUUGAAGGGCUUAAAUUGUCCUCAUUCAACAUCGUGGUGCUUUCGCUAGUCCUCACGUACGUUCCGACGCCCGAAAAUCGAUUUCAGAUGAUUAUUAACGCUCGAAAAUGCUUGAAAGGAGAUGGAGAUGGACUCUUGAUGAUUAUCGAACCGCACGGCUUCGAUAAAUCGAAAGAAAAUUUAGUUGCAAAAACCUGGCAGCAAACCAUUGAAAACGUCGGAUUUAAAGCGCUGGUGAACUCCAAAACGCGAGAUGGUUUACAUAUAUUGAUUUUUGAAACGUCUUCAUUGCCCACUUUAUCCGCUGUACGCGGGGGAAAACUGGUGAUGGCGCUUGACGAAGAGUAUAAGAACAAGUGA